CUAAAAUGCUGCGGCUUCAAGUGGUUGUUUUGAUUAUUGCAGCAUGUGUGACGUACUCAUCGGCAGGAAUCUGCCAGGAUUUAAUGAAGAAGUCUAAGGAUGAUCGGCCAUUGUUCAAGGUUGUUGAAUCACAGAAAGUGGAGAUAUUCUAUCCCAAACGGGAUAAACAGGAAAUGUUUGGAAUCAAGAUCUACAAAAAUCAGGAUUUAAGAAAAAAGGAUCUGCGUUGUGACUUGUGCGUCAACACGACGCUUGUUGAGGAUGGGUGCUUCAAAAUAUCGAGUGACCUGUUGAACAUAGAAGUGCGAGAUGUGUUGAAGUAUGUUACGUUGCAUAAGUUCAACGAAUCACCAGAUGUGCUGGUUGGUUCCGCCAAAAAGGUUGAAUUUACAGAUUUUGUAAUUCCAACGGAAUGCGUUUGCCGGGAUCCGCCUGGCGGUUACUGUGCAAAGGCAUCGACCAAAGUAAUCGACUAUCGGCCUCUGUUCAAGUUGCACGAGCAAACCCGAUUUGCCGUUUUCCUGCCGAAAGCGUCAGCGAAUGGUCUGACGGUUGGUUUGAAGGCAAUACGGAAUGCUAACUUCUACCAAGGCGUCGAAAAAAGACUCGAUCUGAACAUUCAAUCAUUUUCCGAGCGAAAUGGUUGCUUCGUGUACGAUUCGCUGGUGCUUGCCCCUAAAUUUUCAUUGGGAGAUCAUUUGAGUUAUGUUGUUAUCCGGAAAAAACCCAAUGGGAAAAAGAUACGCACUGAGCCGAGGAAAGCAUUCCUAACUGAUUAUUUCAUCCCGUCAUCUUGUGCCUGUCAGUCAGAUCAGCUCAAUGUGAUAAAAUCUGCAAAGUUGUCCAAAAACUGAAUCACGCGAAGACUGUAUCGUCAAACUUUUCCCUUUUCGUCAGUAGCCGCAACAACCACAACAACAACAACAACAACGACGACGACGACGACAACGGAUUAACCUCAACUCGAAAAUAUCCAUCCUUUUUCACUGUCGUCGAACCUCCCCCGGCGAAAUCCAUUUAAUAUUUCCCAUUUGCUGGUUCCGUUCAGUUCCGUAGGCCGGCCGACGGUUUCCGACGGAAAGCUGCCGCAGUUAGCCUUGCUUGCAUCUUGUUACCGCAACCGAAUCCGUCCGGAGUGGAGUGUCAACUCGUUUAUCACAUUUUCAACGUUUCAGACAUCUGUUGUUCGUUUUGCGGUCGGCUGGCUUGCGGUGGAAUCAUCGGGAUUUUCAAAUUAUUUUCGAGCUGUAUUUCAUGAAAACUAUAUUGGACAUACCUUUCACCUUUUUCGGUACAAUCAUUUGAUGUCAGCUUGUGGUAAAAUAUUUAUCUAAAUUAAAAGCGUGUAGCGUAGACUGAUUAUGUAAUAUAU